AUGGACUGUCCUUGGCCAAGACUCUCGCUCGUCUCCUCGCCCUUUAACUCUCCGCUAUUUCCAGCCGCUCGAUUCCUGCCCAAGUACCCUCCCUAUCCUCCCUCAGCAAUGCCUCGCGCCGAGUCGAAGCAGCAGCACCUCGGCACCCACUUCUACCACUCCCAGUUCUCCAACUCCCAGUACCUGCCGUCCGCCACAGAGUCCACGGCGUCCUCGUCCCCGCCCAUGUCCCCCGCGUCCCCCGCACAGAGCGCCCAGUCCACCAACUCCUCAUCGACGUCGCCCGCUGCGAAGAAGAAGCACGUCUGCACGACCUGCGAGCGCGCGUUUACGACCAGCGGGCACCUCGCGCGCCACUCCAGGGUGCACACCGGCGAGCGGAACCACAAGUGCCCCUUCCCCGGCUGCGAGACGCGCUGUUCGCGGCAGGAUAACCUCCAGCAACACUAUCGUAUCCACCUCUCCCCGGGCUCUCGACGAAGUUCUGCUCGUUCAUCCCGGGCGAAGCGCGCUGCUGCGAACAACUCGCAAACGCAGACACAGACGACAGCAGCAGCCUCCGAGCCACCCUCAGCGCCCCCGCCCCUGUCCUCGCCACCCGCACUGGAGCCCGCCCGCGCUUACAGCCACCACUCAACACCCCCCGACUCGCCCCCGCCCCUCGCACAAGCCACACUCCCCGCCACCGCCACACUCGCCCUAUCCACCCCCCGCCUCGAGCCCGCCUCUGCGUCCGGCCGGUCCUCCUCCUUCCUCGCCCGAGCUCGGCAGCAGCAGCAGCAGGCCCUAAAUCUGGCCAGCCCGACCGGCCAGGGGUAUGCGUAUAGGAGUGGGACGACGACGUACCAGGAGCAGUCGCAGGGCGCGGGGUUCACGUAUGUGCAUACCACCCCUGUGAACGGUGCGGGCAGCCCGACGAAUGGAGGAGGUGGGGGGCCGUCGUAUACGGCGUAUGCGGGGUCGCAUGAUGGGUACGCUAUGCAACAACAGCAAAGGGACAACUCGCCCGUAUCCAUCACCUCGCGCCACUCCAUCUCACACAUCUCGCACCCCCAGUCGUCCUACGCACAGAGCCAGCACUCGAACGGGUGUGCGAGCCCGCCCUCGCCUGCCUCCUCGCACUCCGUGUCGUCGCACACCUCUGGGCCCCCGACGCCGACGUACCCCGUCUUCCAUGAGGACGCCGCCUCCGUCGCCUCGGCGUACCACCACGCCGCGGGGGCGGGCGUGGGGGGGAUGAUGGGCGCAGCGGGUACGGGGGCGGAGCAUGCGGGGUUGGGCGCGCAUCAUCUUGUGCAGCAGCAUAAUGGGUAUGGCACGGCUGGGAGGUUCGAGUCGCCGCCGCCGAUCUUGGCGCCGAUCCAGGAUGAGAGGUUGGUGCGGAGGGAGGAGGCGAGGCAUCAUGCUCAACAGCAGCAGCAUCAGCAACAGCAGGCCCAACAGGCCCAACAUCACCACCAACACCACCACCAACAGCAGCAGCAGCAACAUCACCAGCAGCAGCAGCAGCAGCAGCAGGCCCAACACCACCACCAGCACCACCACGCGGCGCCGUCGCCCUACAUCCACCACCCACAGCCGCUCCCGACGGAGUAUUCGUACCAUCAGACGAUGGCGCUUGGUCAUGGUGCGUGGAAGGCGGAGAGCGGGCUGCGCAAGGGCGUCGGGGCGCUUGUGUAA